AGGAUGUGCCCUGGGUAUGCUCUGGGGCUUAAGGUAAUUCAGUCGAGUCUGGCGAAUCUUCUCCAUGGAUUUACCUGGAAAUUGCCUGGAAAUAUGAGGAAAGAGGAUUUGAAUAUGGAGGAGAUCUUUGGACUGUCGACGCCCCGAAAAAUCCUGCUUGAGGCCGUCGUUGAGCCUCGACUUCCACCCCAUCUAUACUUUCUGUAAUGCCACGUUUUGCGUUUAGCCUCAGUAAAAGUGGCAAAUAAAGACACCAAACUAUCCAUAAUUUCAUAGAAGUAAGAUAUAGAACUGAGCCUACAUGUUUGGUGGUGUGAUGAUAAAAUAGAGUUUCCAGACAAAAGACAAUAUGCCUGUUGGAUGAAAGUAUUUGUCUUUCUUUAUAUUCCCAAUACAUCUAAAUCCUAACCAAUGGGUUGGUUCCAAGUAGUAGCUCUCUAGUGGCUCGCGCUUGAUGUGGGUUUAAGU